AGCGGCGGCCGGAGGCUUAAAAGCCGGGCGAAGGUGGUGGUUGGAGUCCAGUCCCAGUCCGCCCGGCGGGAGAACGGAGCCACAAGGAGCGCGGGGCACAGUCGUGGAAGGAGAUGAUAAGGGCCUGUGUCCGGGAGGGAGACAGCUCCCGGGUCACAGGAGUCCCUAUCGGGCUGGCGUUUCCUCCCCCUCCCCGAGCCCUUCCUGCCGCCCGCCCGAGCAGGCCCUCCCUGGAGCUGGAAGAGCGAAGGACGGAGUCACCGUGGCAGCAGCUCUGUGCCUUCGGAGGUCUUUGCGCUGGCCCGCCCCCAUGCCUCUCCUCCUGUUGCUGCUGUUGCUGCCGAGCCCUUCCCGCCCCCAGUCCGUCUGCGAGGUCUCCCAGGUGACCAGCCAGGUGGAAGUGAGCUGUGACAACCGGGGGCUCAAGGCGCCGCCUCCCGACCUGCCGGCCGACACGGCCAUCCUCCGCCUGGGCGAGAACCCCCUGGGCACCUUCUCCACGGCCUCCCUGCUGCCCCUGACCCGGCUCGCCCAGCUGCACCUGAGCCAAAGCCAGCUGACCCACCUGCAGGUGGACGGGACGCUGCCCGCGCUGGAGACCCUGGACGUCUCCCACAACAAGCUGCGAAGCCUGCCCCCGCUGGGACGGGCCCUGCCGGCGCUCAACACCCUCGACGCGUCCUUCAACGAGCUGACCUCGCUGCCCCCUGGUGCCCUGGACGGCCUGAGCCAACUCCACGAGCUCUACCUGCGCGGCAACAAGCUGAAGACGCUGCCGCCCGGGCUCCUGGCGCCCACCGCCCGGCUGAGGAAGCUCAGCCUGGCCGACAACAAGUUGAACGAGCUGCCCCCCGGGCUCCUGGACGGACUGGAGGAGCUCGACACCCUGUACCUCCAGGGGAACUGGCUGCGGACCAUCCCGAAGAACUUCUUUGGGGACCUCCUCCUGCCCUUCGCUUUCCUGCACAGCAACCCCUGGUACUGCGACUGCGAGAUCCUCUACUUCACUCGCUGGCUGCAAGACAACCCCAAUAACGUCUACUUGUGGAAGGAGGGAGUAGACGUCAAGGCCAUGACCCCCAACGUGGAAAGCGUGCGAUGCGUCAACUUGGCCAACACACCGGUCUACACCUACCCGGGGAAGGGCUGCCCCACCCUCGGGGAUGCGGACAUAGGCUACGACGAGUAUGAGGACGAGGACCCCUUCACCACGGCUGGGGUCAUGCUCUUCACCAACGCCAAAGCCCGCACAACCCACUGGCCCCCACUCUACCCAACGUCUGCCGAUUAUCCACACAGCCAGACGCCCUAUCUGUCUUCUACCCAAGAGUCCACUGAGAGUCAGAAUACAUCCGUGACCACCCCGGAACCCACCACGACCCCCCCCCCCACGGAGCCCCCCCCGCCCCCCACGACCCCCACCAUGACGCCCCCCACGACCCCCACCACCCCAACCACCUCUGAAAUAACCACAUUCUUAACCAGCCCCAAAGUCACCUCAUUCCUUACUACCCGGCCACGUGCCACAACUACCCUCCCAGAGGCUCAGGGGGUGGCUCGAGAGAAUGCACGCAGCCCCAGAAAUGACCCUUCCCUCGGCCGGGACACGUGCUGCCUCCUUCCCCUGGGCUUCUACGUUUUGGGUCUCCUCUGGCUUCUGUUUGCUUCCGCGGUCCUUAUCCUGCUACUGGCCCGGGACCGCCGUGUGACGCCACAGGCCCCGGCCACAGCCACAUACACCACGCAUCUGGAGCUGCAGAGGGGGAAGCAAGUGCCCGUGCCCCGCGCCUGGCUCCUUUUCCUUGCAGGCUCACUGCCCACUUUCCGCUCCAGCCUCUUCCUGUGGGUGCGGGCUAACGGCCGCGUGGGGCCUCUGGUGGCAGGACGGCGGCCCUCAGCCCUGAGUCUGGGUCGUGGUCAGGACCUGCUGGGCACGGUGGGCAUUAGGUACUCUGGCCACAGCCUCUGAGGCUGGGGGGGAUGUGGGGACCUUGAGAGGCUGUGAUGUGACGGCUUUCCUGUCGGGAUCUAGCUUGGGGGGGGGUGGGGGUAGUAAUUACUUUUCCUUUAUCCGAAGCCUCUUCUCCAUAGCACGGGCACAACCUUGGCAAAGACGCGGGGGUGGUGAGAUGCGGGAGCCAGGAGCUCAUAGAACAAGGCUCCCCACGCUGCGGCGGGGGAGGGUCCCAGAC